AUGAAAGUAUUCCUUGCAGAAGAAGGAACUCUUCUGCUGGACACCAUCCAACAAGCGCACAAUUUGCAACCAACGACAACUCCUUCAUCAGCAACAACACCAAUUGCCUCCUCCGAAUCUUCUUUAACAAGCAACAGUAAUAUUAGCAACCACCAUCAACAAACACCAUUAUCUUCAUCCCCUUCCCUUUCAUCUUUACACACGAUACAUCAAUUAAAACAAUUUUUGGAGAAAGUCGCAGGCAUUGCCCUCGAAAACCAAAUUUUGUUGGAUUCAAAAGGAGCUAAAGUGGACAAUGAACAACAUGUGAGCGAUAUUGAAGAUGAAGAGGAACAAAUCUAUUUAUUUGAUAGAAUGUCCUUUUCUUCAAAGACCAAAUCACAAUCCUUACUAAAAAUUAUUUCCGAUGAAUAUGCACUGUUGGAGUCAAGAGAAGUUACUGUUUUUAAUCUCCCUGACGACGUUCAAAAGAAGAUCAAGAAUAAUGAGCUUUACAGAUAUGUUCAACAAUUUUAUACGCAAUUAACGUUAGCAGAGAAUAUUGUUAAAUCAAGCGAAAAUAGAGUACGCUACUGUAUUACUAAACUAGAGCAGAUGCGGGCUCAAAAUGACUCUAUCGGCGUAGCACUUCUCAACCUCGAUGGCCACACGAAAAGUAGCUCUGCAUCCUUAAAGAAGUUCAAAGAAAGAUUUGACAAAAUUGAGUCAAAAUAUGUGGACUUAUUGCAAACUUUGGAUGAAGAUAUUGAAAAGCUGGGAACGAUUGAACUUCAUCCAUCACUGCAAACUCAAAACAAAAAGUCGCUUCAGGACUGUAUUCCUAUUCAACAAAUUAAACUUUGGGGAAACAAGUGUUUACAGGAACUGAACAGUUUCAAAGAAAAAGUGAUUUUCACACUAUCCGUCUCGCAGCAAAUUGAUCGAGAUGUGGACACUCAAUUACUUCUCGUUGUUCCACCAGUCAAUUUUUCAAUGUUAUCCAAGUUAUGUACAGAAUCGGAAAACAUUGUAAAUACUCAAAGAGAACUUGUAAAUAAUAUCAAUCGCAAUUUUCAAUCCCUCCUACAGAUGGCAUCUAAAUCUGAUAAUCAAAAUAAGGAUGUGACUGUUAUUGUACAGCUUGUAGAUACUCACCAAAAUUAUUUGAACCAAUUGAGAGAGCAUGAGAAUACUUUAAAAUCGACCUGUGAGAAGAUUGCACAGUCGAAAAUAAUUUUGACUAAAUACCAAUUGGAGAAGUUGAAAGUAAUUUCAACCAUUCAGUACAAUAUCCUUAAGCUGAAUAAGAAAAUGCAAACAUUUGUUAGCAUUCUAAAGAAUAUCAUGACAAAGUUCCACCAUGUAUCUAUACCCAAAUAUCUGCCUGGAGCCUAUUACAUGUCUCUUUUAGAGAUUAUGAGAAGAAAGGCCUACAUUAGAAAAUUUGAUUCGGAAGUUGUAAAAGCUUCAGAAAUUCUUUCAGACCUCAGAGAGGAAGAAAUUAGGAACCGUAAAAACUUUUUCAGAGCCUUUGGCAAGUUUCUUCCACCUCAAUUGUUCGACAAAAUCAACGAGUUACCGGCAAGUGUCGAUGAAAUUUGGAGUUUACUCAGUGCUCACUCCCUCAAUGAAACCUCUAAACUUCCAAAUAUUUCUGCAUUUGAUGAAAGCAUGGAAAAUGUUAUCAAGAUGGACGAAAUUGAAAAGACUUUCAAUGACGCCAUGUACUUUGGAGAUACUGGCUCGAACAAACUUGAUUUUAGGCUUUACAGCAAAUAUUUGGAUCAAAACAAUUUAAUGCCUACCAACACAGGUUUCAAUAUAAUGAGCGAUAAAUCAGCUAUGGUUGCUUCGUCCCUGACUACAUUGGAUUUGGAGAGAUUAAGCAUGACAGAAAGCGACAAUUUGGAACAUCAUCAAGGAUCAUCCUCAAGCAGCUCGCCCAGGUCGUUCAAACUUCGGGCAAAUUUGGACGAAUUCGAAGCCAUGGAGAAACAAUUGUCAUCUGCCUUGAACAAGAUGCAACAAACACCACGAAUUCACCAUGUACAGACCGAUUCACCAUCAGACUUGGAACAAUUACGUGAGGAAAAUCAACUGCUCAAACAACAAAUAUUGCAGCUGCAAAAAGAAAAUGAGCUACUCAAAUCCAAUAUGAAGCAAUAA